UUAAUUUAUUAAAUGAGAAUGGAAAAAGAGAAACGACUCAGUCCCUGACCCUAUACCCUACCCUAGAUAUUUCCAGGAAAUUGCUUCCCCCUUCCCUCCCCCUACUCUCUCUCUCUCUCUCUGAAGAGGAAAGGGAGGAAGUAGAAAAUUUUAAAUUCGGUAAUUCAUUUCCAACCUGGUUUAGACUCCGCAAAGGUUUCUUACUUUGGUACAUGAAGCAGUUUCUUAAAUUUAUUUAUGUUUCAGAGUUGAUUCUUCUUCUUUUAGAGGUCGGAUCAUAAGGAAAGCUGUAGUUAUGAGUUAUCCGCCAGAAAGGUUUGUGAGGUUCCAGGAUUGGAAUUCAGAGAAAAGCACUGAGGCACAAUAUUCUGAUAAUAAGGGGAUAAAUUCGGGGAGAGUUAGAUUUGCAAUAAAUUCAUUUUCAGAAAAGUUUCAAAGAGGGGUUGAAUCUGGUUCAGAAAGGAUUAAAGGGAUUAGAAAGUCAUUGAGAUCUUGUUCAUUUAACAGAGUUGUGGCUAAAGGCUUUGGUUCUAGUAAGAAAGUUCUUGAUCCACAGGGGUCAUUCCUUCAAAGGUGGAACAAGAUAUUUGUAUUGUCAUGCAUAAUAGCAGUCUCAAUUGAUCCUUUGUUCUUCUACAUCCCAGUGAUUAAUGAUGAUAAGAAGUGCCUUGCUUUGGACGAAAAGAUGGAGGCUACAGCCAGUGUGUUGCGUUCAUUCACAGAUAUCUUUUAUGUAAUCCAUAUUGUUUUUCAGUUUCGUACUGGGUUCAUUGCACCUUCUUCUCGUGUCUUCGGAAGAGGUGUUUUAGUUGAAGAUUCAUGGGCAAUAGCGAAGAGGUAUCUGAAAUCAUAUUUUGUAAUCGACAUUCUAGCAGUUCUUCCCCUCCCUCAGGUGGUGAUUUUAAUUAUCAUACCACAUAUGAGAGGUUUGAGGUCAUUGAAUACCAAGAACUUGUUGAAGUUUGUUGUUUUCUUCCAAUAUGUGCCAAGGUUUUUUCGAAUAUAUCCUCUAUAUAAGGAAGUUACGAGGACUUCUGGCAUACUAACUGAAACUGCAUGGGCUGGAGCUGCAUUCAAUCUCUUUCUUUACAUGCUAGCAAGCCAUGUUCUUGGAGCUUUUUGGUACUUGUUUUCCAUUGAAAGGGAAUACACAUGCUGGAAAGAUGCCUGUAGAAAUAGUUCUACUGGAUGCCCUCCCGAUUCAUUAUCUUGUCCUGGUGAUUCUUCUGUUAGUGCAUUUCUAAAUCAAUCAUGCCCUAUACAAACACCCAAUACAACACUUUUCAAUUUUGGAAUAUUCCUUGAUGCCCUUCAAUCUGGUGUUGUGGAGUCGAAAGAUUUUCCAGAGAAAUUUUUUUACUGUUUUUGGUGGGGCCUGCAAAACCUAAGUUCUUUGGGUCAGAACCUUGAAACUAGUACCUAUGUUUGGGAAAUCUGCUUUGCAGUUUUCAUGUCGAUCUCGGGCUUGGUUCUGUUUUCAUUUCUCAUUGGAAAUAUGCAGACAUAUUUGCAGUCCACGACUACCAGAUUGGAGGAGAUGAGAGUGAAAAGACGUGAUGCAGAACAAUGGAUGUCCCACCGCUUACUACCAGAGAAUCUGAGGGAGCGGAUAAGACGAUAUGAGCAAUACAGGUGGCAAGAAACUAGAGGAGUUGAUGAAGAGAAUUUACUUCGUAAUCUCCCCAAGGACCUUCGAAGGGAUAUAAAGCGCCAUCUUUGCUUGGCUCUACUCAUGAGAGUGCCAAUGUUUGAAAAAAUGGAUGAACAAUUAUUGGAUGCAAUGUGUGACCGUCUUAAGCCGGUUCUCUACACAGAGGAGAGCUACAUUGUUCGGGAAGGAGACCCAGUUGAUGAGAUGCUCUUCAUCAUGCGGGGUAAACUAUUGACCAUGACAACAAAUGGUGGAAGAACUGGCUUCUUUAAUUCUGAAUAUCUGGGGGCAGGAGACUUCUGUGGAGAGGAACUUCUCACAUGGGCACUAGAUCCCCAUUCUUCAUCGAACCUCCCAAUCUCAACUAGAACUGUUCGAGCCCUUACUGAAGUUGAAGCUUUUGCUCUAAUGGCUGAUGACUUGAAGUUUGUUGCUUCUCAGUUCCGCCGGCUUCAUAGUAAGCAGCUUCGUCACACUUUCAGGUUCUAUUCACAGCAGUGGAGGACUUGGGCAGCUUGUUUCAUACAAGCAGCUUGGCGCCGCUAUAGCAAAAAGAAGCUGGAAGAAUCUCUUAGAGAAGAGGAGAAUAGAUUGCAAGAUGCUUUAGCUAAUGCUGGUGGGAGUUCCCCAAGUUUAGGUGCCACUAUUUAUGCCUCACGGUUUGCUGCCAAUGCACUUCGUGCUUUACGGCGAAAUCGUACUCGUAAAGCAAGGUUGCCAGAGAGGGUACCACCUAUGCUGCUUCAGAAGCCAGCAGAGCCAGAUUUUACCGCUGAAGAACAUUAGGCAAGUCGGUUUGUUUCUCUCUCUCUCUCUCUUAUUAUAUAAAAGUUGUGUUUGGAACAGAGUAGGAAAUCUCAUCCCUCCCAAACCAGGGAAACAUAUAAUGGUAGAAAGCUGCCGUUUGUUGUGUUUGACGUCUGUAUAUGUUGUAUAUGUAAAUCUUCCAUUAUUCUUUGCU